GCUCGCUCUCGCCGGAGAGGAAAGGAAAAAGGAAAAAAAAAAAAAAAGAAAGAAUCACAGAAAGCCCUUGUGGAAUAAUUUGAGAUAAAAAGAGGGACCGGAAUAUAAAACUGGCAAAUGGGAAGGCGGGAGAUGGGGUGGGGGGAGGUUGAGAGGUCUUGGUUGGUUGCUUGCUUGCGAUGAAGGGGAAAAUGGCAUCGAAGCUUUGGAAGCCCUCGCACGGCACGGAUUCCGACGCGGUGCCUUCGCCGAAUUCUCUCCUCGCUCUCGCUCUCACCCUCUCCUUCUCCACCUUGCCUUAUGCCGUAAUCCAUUCCUCGUGCGAUCGCUUGCUUUAAAUGCCGCCACUCUCUCCCUCUCUCGCUCUCUAUCCCGUGGAUUCCAGGUUUCCAAGAGCUCGAGAGGAGAGGCCGGCCAUCUGGCAAACUUCGUAUAUUAGUUAGGGAAGGAAGAGGUCUUGGGUGCGAAGUUUUGAGAUUGCUUGGUUUCAUAGUUAGGGAGUUCCCAGGAUGCCGUCUGAGGUCAUGGAUCAGAGGAGCCUGUCUGCCAUGUGUUUGCCAUCGGGGCCCCUGUCUUUCUUUUCCAAUGAAUUUCACCUUCCUGCACAGAGGCAAGUUGGAUUUUGGAAGAAAGAGUCCAUGCCUGAUCAUCGUGUAUCAGAGGGAUUGUCGUUAAUGUCAGGAAGCAAGAUAAAUUCUUCAUUUCCACUAGAAAAGCUAUGUUCAGUGGGAGGAGACUCCUUGGAAUGCUUAGAACUUACACAUCCUUAUUUCUUCGAAGAUGACAAAACCGAGAUCAGUCUCAAGCAUCAUUUGAUGGGGACCGAGAAUGCCAGUCUAUCCAUGACCUCUUGGAGUGCUGCUGACAAGGAUGGGUCCCAAUUGAGUCUAUCUGCUAGACCUGCAUCCCUGUUUAUGGAAGGGAACAAAAAUGAUUCGAAUGGGGUCCAUCUUGAGAAUGCAAAAUUAUCAUCAGAUGAUGUUUGUGUCACUCAAUAUGUGGACAAAAGUAACUCCAACGUUGGCAAAGAUGAGCCCUUUGAAUCUUUGGAAGAAACCGAAUCUCAAACUAUUGGAAACCUCCUUCCUGAUGAUGAUGACUUGCUGUCUGGAGUUAUUGAUGAUCUUGAGUAUAUUGCUCAGCCCAGGAGUGGAGAUGAAACAGAAGAUGAUCUAUUCUGCAGUGGAGGAGGGAUGGAACUGGAAGCAGAUGAUAGGUUCAAUUGUAAAAAAGCUUCCAAUUCUGUUGGUGGAGGAGCCUCUGAUGGUCAGCUGUGGGAACGGAGCAGGCUAUUUGCUAAUGAACAACCAUUUGGUGAACAUCCUUCCAGAAUACUAAUUGUAAGAAACUUCAAUAGCAUUGUUGAUGAUACAGAAUUGAGGGUUCUUUUUGAGCAAUUUGGGGAUAUACACAUGCUUUAUACAGGCUGUAAACAUCUUGGCUUUGUAAUGGUAUCUUACUAUGACAUAAGGGCAGCACAAAAUGCAAAGAGAACCCUUCAAAACAAGCCAUUCAGACAUUGCGAGCUGUACAUACAAUUCAGUGUUUCAAAGGACAAUCCUUUGGAGAAAGAUACUAACCAGGGUAUGCUUGUUCUAUUUAAUCUUGAUUCCUCUGUCUCUAAUGAUGAUCUCUGCCAGAUGUUUGGUGUAUAUGGGGACAUCAAGGAGAUUUGUGAAAUGCCUCACAACCUCCAAAAGAAAUUUAUAGAAUUUUAUGAUGUUAGGGCUGCUGAGGCUGCUUUUCAUGCCUUAAACGGGAUUGACGUUGCAGGAAAGAAAAUGAAGCUUGAAUCUAGAAGUACUGGAGGUGCACCAUGGUGCAGCUUAGUGCAACAGUCAUCUCUGGUGUUGGAACAGGAAGAGUCCUGCAGAUACAGGCAGGGAAGCCAUCCUGGUAACUCACCAUCCAAAUGCUAUGGAACAAUUCCACUGGUGGCGACUACAUCCAUUGGUCUUGAUAAUAGAGCCACCCAGGACCUAAGUGCUUCAGUCAGAGCGCCAAUCCAUCCAUCUAUGGGUUCCACAUUUCCUAGAAUUUCUUCUGUUGUGUCCCAUAGUUUAUCCUCUCCAGUUGGGAUGGCCUCAGGAAGCAGUCACAGUAAUCAAUCUGGUCAUGAGCGCAGACAUUCUCUGGGGCACAUGAACUUUGGUUCUCAAAGCAGUCACAGUACACAAUCUGGUCAUGAGCGCAGCCAAUCACUAGGACAGAUGAACUUUGGUUCUCAAAUCAUGCCAACCUUUCAUCCUCAUUCACUUCCCGAGCACCAUAAUGGAAUAAUAAGCAGCAUACCUUACGGCUCCUCAAGUGCCACGUCAACCAUGGCUAUCAACUCCAGACCUGCUGAUUUAAUCGAUGACAGGAGCAUCCAUAGAAGUGGCUUAGGUGGCCUCAAUAGCCAUUCUUUUGAACAUAUAGGAGAUCUCGGUAUUUCAGGAGACAGAUGUUUUGCUCUUCACGGUCAUCAAUUUGUAUGGAAUGAUUCUAACCAAUACAAUCAUCGGCCCCCUGGCCCCAUAUUCUGGCCAAAUACUCCAUCAUAUUUGAACAAUUUUCCGGCUCUGCCCUCACCACAAAAAAUGAAUGGAUUUCCAAGAGCACCACCUCACAUGCUGAAUGCUUCUCUACCAUUACACCACCAUGUAGGUUCAGCUCCUACUGUGAAUCCCUCACUUUGGGACAGACGGCAAAGAUGCAGAGGAGAUUACUUGAAGGCAUGUGCGUUGCAUCCUGCUUCUCUUGGAAGCUUGGGGUUGGCUGGUGGCUCUGUUCUGCAUCCACUUGAACUCGCUUCUAAUAACAUAUUCCCACAAACUGAUGGUAACUGUAUGGAUCCUUCUAUUUCUUCUGCACAUGCAAUGCCAUCACCUGAGCAAAGGAGCCGCAUGUUCCAUCUGAGGAAUACCAUGCUUCAUAUGCCACUUUCAUAUGAUGCUCCUAAUGAUCGAAUCAGGAGCCGAAGAAGUGAUGCAGGUUCCAGUCAAGCUGAUAAUAAAAAGCAAUUUGAACUUGAUAUUGAUCGCAUUAUGCGCAGCGAAGACUCCCGGACAACGCUUAUGAUCAAAAAUAUUCCCAAUAAAUAUACCUCUAAAAUGCUCUUGUCCACUAUUGAUGAACAUCAUCAAGGAACCUAUGAUUUCAUCUAUUUGCCUAUUGAUUUCAAGAACAAAUGCAAUGUGGGUUAUGCUUUUAUCAAUAUGACUAGUGCCCAGCAUAUCAUUCCAUUCUUUCAGACUUUUAAUGGUAAAAAAUGGGAGAAAUUCAACAGUGAAAAGGUGGCUUCUCUUGCAUAUGCUCGAAUUCAAGGGAGGGCAGCUCUUAUUGCUCAUUUCCAGAAUUCAAGUCUAAUGAAUGAGGACAAGCGAUGCCGCCCUAUCCUUUUCCAUUCAGAUGGUCCAAAUGCUGGGGAGCAGGAGCCUUUUCCUGUGGGUGUCAAUAUCCGAUCCAGGACCGGAAGAUCUAAAACUGCUGGCAGUGGAGAGAACCAUCUGGCAAGUCCAUCAACCUCUUCAAAUGGAGAGGAAUCUUCUGAUGCAUCAGACUCUUCCUCAGCUUGCACCAAGGAAUCAGACUGAACCUGUAGACCAACAUCAGAUUAAAACUUAUAACACAAUCUCACGUGCUUCACCUUUCUUUUAUCUGGUCUUUGUAGUAAUAUUACAUAGUAUGGGGACUGGACAGCAGAUUCACUUGGGUGCUUUUUGCUGCAUUACCAAGAGAGUGAGCUGGGUGCUCUCAUUUUUCCUUGGAAACUAUACAUAACUAUAUUAUGAGGCUGACAGAGGUAACAGGCAUGAGAAAGGGUUUCGAAAUUUUGGCUGGCUGUAAGAGGAAAGAAAAGAUGUAUAGGAUCUUCCAAACAAGGAUGAUGGAAUUCUUUUAUGCAGUUUUGAGAAGGUCUUCUCUCUGCAUUUUCUUCCCUUUUCCCUUAUUGUAUUUUUUGUUAGUUUGAGGCCCGAUAUGGGCCCCAUUGUCUUUUUUUGUGCUGUGAAGAGAGACGUGAUUGAGAGAGAGCUCUGUUCAGCGUGUAAUAGGCCUUGUUGUGCCUCUUAUGUGGCAUCUUUGUUGUAUUAAAUUUUGGAGCCUCUCUGUUAUUGCAUUUUCUGUUGUUUCUUAAUUUGACAAUAUAGAGUAAUGUUUGACAUUUGAUAA